AUGGACAGCCUAGAGUUUCCAUAUGAACCUGAGAUGUAUUCAUGCAAAAAUCAUGCCCCAACACCUCUGGAAACAGAAAAAAUCCAUGGACAGGAAGAAAAGGUAAGCAUGAAGCUCCCAAAGAGAGGGAACAGCAACGGGAAAAGGUAUUUAGGGGUGAGACAAAGGCCCUCGGGAAGAUGGGUUGCUGAAAUCAAGGACUCCUCGCAGAAGCUGAGGCUGUGGUUAGGAACUUUUGACAGUGCAGAGGAGGCUGCCUUGGCUUUCGACAAAGCCGCCAGGCUUCUAAGAGGAAGAAAUGCAAAGACAAACUUCCCAUGUCAUGGAAUCGUGGGCACACAUGAAGAAAAUUGCAGCUUAUUGGGAAAGAAUCCAAGGCUUUUUCGGCUUCUCCAGCAUGCAAUCAUGAAGAACCAUGCAAGAUCCUCGUCUCUUUACCCCCCGAUCAUUUCAUGGGAAAAUCAGAAUAUUCCUGGAGAUAAAGUCCAGCUUGAUUCAAGUUAUUUUGAUGUGCUUGUUGAAGAAACUAUAGUUUGUUCAUCAUCAAGUGCCUCUGAAUCCGGAAGCUCAUGUGGUUUCGAUCACGACAGAAACAAGCUUUCUCAGCUCUCAUUCGGUAGUUCCAAGGUCUAUUCCUCUGUGUUUGUAGCUCCUUCUUUCAGUGCUUCUCUAGGGCAAGCAGGAGAACAUCAAAAAGAUUUCCAAGACGCUUAG